AUGGAGCUCAAGCAGAUAUCGAUUACAAUCGAUAGCUGGUCCGCACUUAAUUUGUAUCCACGAGUCUCCGCGUGUUCUCUGACUUGUCUUAUCCGUCGGAGAAGUCCACUCAACUCAUUAAUUUGGAAACCAUUCAUUGAAAUGUCAUUGAAAAACGACUCCAGAUUGACAAGGAAUCGAGCAGCUGUCAAAUGGAAAACGGUUCCGAGUUAUUAUCUUCGGUUUACCAAUCUUGGACUUAACGUCAAUGAUACACCAUAUGAUCUGAGUGUCUACAAAGAGUUCCAUCAAAGCGAAGAAGUCGUCGACCCUAUUAAAAAUAAGAAAAAUGAGGAUGUCCUCUAUGAUCUGGAUCCGUUCGGUUUCCGAGUUCCGAUGAACAAAACGGACGUCGCUUCAGGAGAACAUGGAGGCGGAAUAUAUUUAGUCCUGUCAGCGUUGUCAAUCGAGACACCGUUCACAGCACAAUCCAGAUGA